UAACUGUGCGAUAUUACUUUGGAAUGGAUGACCAACACAAAUAAACAUGUAUAACUGAAUUGACAGCUAACACUAAGUGAGCAUUAAACCGACUUGACACCUUUUCCAAUCAGCAUCAGCGCCUGUGGCCCGUCGUGAGGUAGUUUCGCUCCUCUAGCGACACCUUUCGCGGUGAAAACGCGAGGAUGGCGGGUUUCUACAGUUACCUCGUGCGGGGCGGGAAAGGAGAGCUGUGGCGGGUAGGAGGGACCUUUGAUCCACACCCCUUUUGUUUUUAAACACUGACGUAUGCAGAGAAGGGUAGCAACAGUUGCCUCGAGACUCUAGCGCGCCAUAGAGACUGUAGUCGUGGAGACAGUUACUUACCAACGGGAGCAACACUCAGCAACAGCAACAGCAGCAGCAGCAGCAAUUGGAGGCGAGCGAAAAGUGAGAGAUAAAAUAAAGCGCAGCCAGGGCAGAACUAAGCACAAGAAAAAGGAGAAUAUUUUGUCACAAGUAUCCCACAAUGCAAAGCUCAGAGGGAGGGUCUGACUCUGCGUCUACGGUGGCUCUGUGCACGGCCACUUCGGCCCAGGCACCCGUGGUGCAGCCGGUUCCUGCCUCACAACAGCGGGUGCUGGUUCAGGCCACAGGAUCAUCUCAGAAGAGUCCUCAGGUGCAGCAGCUCUCGGUGCCCAAGAUACAACAGGUGUCACAGCAGGCCCAGCAGGUCCAGCAUGUCCAGCACGUGUACCCCUCCCAGGUCCAGUACGUGGAAAGUGGAGAGGCCGUCUACACCAACGGAACCAUCCGGACAGCCUACACCUACAACCACGAGGCUCAGCUGUAUGGCCAGGGCAGCGGCGGGGCCUACUUUGACUCGCAGGCGGGCGGCGCCCAGGUCACCACGGUGGUAUCGUCUGCCGGCGGCAUGCACCCACACGGCAUGGUGGGCGUCGCCGUGGACGUGGGUGGGAGCCAGAUCAUCUCCAGCAGCGGCGCCUACCUCAUCCACGGCAGCAGCGUGGAGGGCAGCCGUCACCACAGCACCCCCACCUUCCGCUCCUCUUCAGCUAUGCUUGAAAUGGCGAUUGAAAACCUCCAAAAGUCUGAAGGGAUUUCCACUCACAAAAACAGCCUGCUCAACAGCCAUUUGCAGUGGCUGCUGGAUAACUACGAGACGGCGGAGGGGGUGAGCCUGGCCCGCUGCUCGCUCUACCACCACUACCUGCGCCACUGCCAGGAGCAGAAGCUGGACCCCGUCAACGCCGCCUCCUUCGGCAAGCUCAUCCGCUCCGUCUUCAUGGGCCUCCGCACCAGACGCCUAGGCAACAGGGGGAACUCAAAGUACCACUACUACGGCAUCCGGAUAAAACCCGACUCGCCCCUCAUCCACCAGCAGGACGACUUCCAGUACAUGGCCAUGAGACAGCAGCCGGUUCACCAGAAGCAGAGGUUUAAGCCACUGCAGAAGGUGCACAGUGUGGGCGACGGGCUGUCUGGCAGCUCCCAUCAUGGCUCCAGCACUCCGGAGCAGUCUGUGGCUGCCCAGAGCCAGCAUCACCAGCAGUACAUCGACGUGACGCACGUUCUUCCGCCCUUCCCUCCCCUGGACCUGGGCCCUGUGCCCCUGCCGGAGCGCAUCAACAUGGACGACAUCAAGAAACUCCAGAGCCUCUACAGGGACCACUGUGAGGCAACCCUGGAUGUUGUGAUGAACCUGCAGUUCCACUACAUUGAGAAGCUCUGGCAGUCGUUUUGGUGUUCAAGUGCGCCAUCUAGUGACGAAUCCACCACCAUCACUAACAGUGAUGAGGACCUAGAGAAUGUGAUUCCCCACGAGAGGCUGGUGGCUAUGUGUAAGUACGAGCCGGUGAAGGAGUGGAUGCGUACCUGUGACCACAUCCUGUACCAGGCCCUGGUGGAGAUCCUCAUCCCCGACGUCCUGAGACCGGUGCCCAGCACCCUGACUCAGGCCAUCCGGAACUUUGCCAAGAGCCUGGAGAGCUGGCUCACACUGGCCAUGUGUGACUUCCCUCAGGAGACCGUGCGCACCAAGGUGACGGUAGUGUCUGCGUUUGCGCAGACCCUGCGCAGGUACACGUCUCUGAACCACCUGGCCCAGGCAGCUCGAGCCGUGCUGCAGAACACCUCCCAGAUCAACCAGAUGCUGUCCGACCUCAACCGGGUGGACUUUGCCAACGUGCAGGAGCAGGCAUCGUGGGUGUGCCAGUGUGAUGAGAGUAUGGUGCAGCGUCUGGAGCAGGACUUUAAGGUGACGCUGCAGCAGCAGAGCUCUCUGGACCAGUGGGCCACCUGGCUGGACAACGUGGUCAACCAGGUGCUCAAACCGCACGAGGGCAGCCCCAGCUUCCCCCGCGCCGCCCGCCAGUUCCUGCUGAAGUGGUCCUUCUACAGCUCCAUGGUGAUCAGGGACCUGACCCUGCGCAGUGCUGCCAGCUUCGGUUCCUUCCACCUCAUCCGCCUGCUCUACGACGAGUACAUGUUCUACCUGGUGGAGCACCGCAUUGCCCAGGCAACCGGGGAGACGCCUAUUGCUGUGAUGGGAGAAUUCAGUGACCUCAACUCCAUGAUGCCUGUGCUGAUGGAUAAAGACGCCUCCUUCUCAGAUGACAUGAGCGACAUGGGCAGCGACGGUGACGUGUCGCGAGGGCCCAGCGAGCCAGCGGUGAAGAGGGAGAGGAUCGAGCUCAACCACUCACUGCAGGAGAUCUGAGCUGCUCCUUCACACACUCACUCACACACACACACACACUUACAGCGACCAACUGUCCCGCCUGUGUGUGUGUGUGUGUGUGUGUGUUCUAAUAGGCCCUCACACCCUAGGACUGUGAGGAUGGCAUAGGGUGUGUGUCACUCGGUUAUGUGUGCGUGUGUGUGUGUGUGUGUGGUGUUCUCACAGAAUCGAGCUGUGGGAGAGGGGAGGCUGUGUGUGGUUCUAGUUUCUCUCUGUGCUCUUGCCCGCCCCUCUUCCGACUCCUGCCCGUGUUUGUGACUGUGAAUCUAUAGUAUGUGUAUGAGUGACGUCACUCUUGUUAUAGCUGUGCCAUAGCUAGUGUUUAUUCCAGUGCCUUAGAUUUGAAAAGGAAAAAAAAAAAGUCUGAUUAAAACCAACCUAACACACACACACACACACACACACACACACCACACGCACACACGCACACACACACUCACUCACUACUGGAGAAACUCCAGCCUCCUCCCCCCUCCCCUCCCCUCCCAGUGGUGCCUCUUAAUGCAGUAUGAUUGUAUGUUUCAUAACCUCAAGAGAGAACGCUUUUCUAAAGCACUUUCUAGAUCUGUAGGAGGAAGAGACUUAAGACUAACUCACUCCUGUAGCUGAACACAUGUCCGUGCGACUCGUCAGCCCAAAGCAUGCCUCAUGCCGUCCCCCCUUCCCCCUCCCAGCCAGCAGAGGGCGCUCUCUUACUCAGAGCCUCUGCUGCGCUGACUGCAGUAUGGAUCCCUCGGCCAUAUGGGCACACCCACACAGACGCUGAGGCUGGGACAGUUCUGGGCCCAGUCAUGUCCACACCUGUUCCAGGGUCAGUGAAUGUGCGGGAAUCUCUUUUGACAGUUCAGCCCCGUCUAUUUUUAUUCCCCCUUUUUAAAUCUACUUUCCUCUGUCCCCCUCUGAUUUUAAAGUAUGUUUUAUAUUUGCAUAUGUAUUUAAAAGAAAAAGUACAUAUGGCCUCAGCUAUGAUGUCAUCGGCCUGAUUGCUUCAGAAAUGUGACUGCCAACGUAGAAUGGUUACAGAAACACUGAAAGAAAAAUCAGGCCUGUUGUACAAUGCACAUUUCAAGGAAUUGCAGUUACUAUUCCAGUUGGCCUUACACACCCAUGUUCAGCCGUGUUGCAUUACGUUUGUGUUGGUGUGUACAUUUUUAAAUGAUUUUAGUGACUGGACAGACAGUGAUUAUCAGUGAAUCUGUUCAGAGUACCAUGAUGUGUAAAUAUGUGACGCACCUGUAAGUCCUUGCUGGAGGCGUCCCCUCAGGAGGCCCUUUGGACGCCCACGUUUAGUCCAGUCCAGUCUUGCAUUCAGUGCAGUUUCACAUACCGACUCGGACCCAUUCAGGCCCGGCUCUGUUCUGGAGUCGGCCCUGGUCUGAGGGGGGAGCGAGCCUCUGCCUUGUGAGGCGGGACUCCCGGUGUGGCUCCACUUCACCGCAGUAGCAGCAUGGAAUGCCAUGGAUGCGCACGCACACCUCCUGGGCUUGUGAUUAUGGUUCUGGUGGUAACCCUCGAGUAAAGAGGACCUCGGAGUUAAGUGACGAUCGAAGCUGCGCCCCCUAGUGGUGGCGCUGCGAAAGGUGUAAAUCACACAAAUAUUUACAUGUACGUGUCCGUUUUUACCCCAGCAUAAUCCUGGGCAGAUCGCCUUUUUAAUAAUAUAAUUUUUAAACAGCUGACUUCUUAGCUACACUGAAACCCCUGAUGUAUUUUAGUCAGUUUUAAAGUGGAAUCCAGACGUUUAAUUAGACGUAUUGAGGAGAAGGAAAAAAAAAAAAAAGGAAAAAAAAGCUCCUUGAGCAUCUUGAUGGUUUUUUGCAGUUGAGUUUUAAGACCUGUUGAAUGUUUCUAGUGCUCCCAGUCCAGUGGCUUGGGCGGUCCUCCCUCGGACCCCUUGAGAUGGUCGUGAGCUGGAGACCAGUGUUCUGUUCCCAUAGUUACCAACCCAGCUUUACUAGUAAGAAAAGAUGAGAUUCCUGAUCUGUGGAACUCUUUCAGUCUGGUCUGUGAAUAUUUGACCCGUUGGCUUCUUCUUCUUCUUCUUCUCUCAGUGUCUCUCCGCCCCACAUGCUAACUCAGCCCUGUGUCCUUCCACGUUCACCCUUGCGUUCCGCAUAUUUAUUAGCGCUGGUUUUACACGUAGGGAUGCCCGACACUACACGUCCUUUCGGCCCAUUCCAAUAGUUGUAUGAUGUUUUAAGUCCUGAACUAAAGAUUUGGUAAAAGCUUUUCUUAGUCCAUGUUUUUAACUUGUGCCUGUCACAGUAACUUGCCUUUAGAGUAUUUGGGGAAGGUCUUUUCUGUGUCAUUGUUUUUUUUGUAACGCUGUUUAGACUUCUGGUUGAGGAUUAUUUUUAUUGGACUAGAUCUGAUUCUUCUCACAAGUAUAUUGAUACUUUAUUUUUGUGUAUUUUUAAACCUGUUCUUGAAUUCUUUACCUGGCCUGAGAACAGAAAGACUCUGUAACAAACUGCAUAGUUGAAUUGUAUUUUGUACCGGUUAAAAAAACACAAAUAAACUGGUGUACGGCG